UCCAGUGAAGCAGACUUUAAUUGUAUUUAUAAUCGUAUUAAUAUGUUCUCCUUAUGCAUAUCAAAUAAUUAAUCUAGUUUUUCUAUGGUUUCUCUACAGUUAUUUUUCAUUUCAUUUUAGUUUUAAUUUUUUACGACGGUUAGUGGAAGAACUGUGUCCCGCAAAAUUGUAACUAGAUUUAAUGACGUGAAAAACGAGGUUAGAAAUGCUUUCGAUUUGUUAAUCGGGAAAAAUAAUACAUUUUUCAUGCUUAACAGAGUGGAAUGUACAUAGUACCUGUAUGCACAUAUAUUUCAAUUAAAAGUAAAAGUAUCAUGGAAUGUGAAAUAUUUUGGUGUUUGUUCGUAGCGAUACGAUAUUUAAAUUUUUCAGACGAUUAUUGUACCUGCUUUACUCCUUUAUUAUAACAGUGUUGUAAUUAUUUCACUAUUAUUCCAUCAUUGUUAGACUACCGUACUCUGUGAAAUUGUUUAUUUUAAGAUAUUCGGACUACUGUACUUUGAUAUGACGUACCAGUGACAAAAAUAUAAAACAAGUUGACUUUGUUAAAACAAUUUUGUGUAAUUUCAUAUUAAUUUUCAGUCAACCGCGUAGGUAAAAUGCCGUUUAAAUUUCAUUUAAAAAAAAGUCGGCAGUAUAAUGUGGUUUCAAAAAACCAGUAUGUGAUUUGUGUUGAGCUAUUAGACACAACUACCAUAGAGUGUACACUUAGUAUUGACAGUCUUGGACAAGAAUGCUUGGACAAUGUCACUCAACGUUUAGGAUUGGGACAACCAGAAUUCUUUGGCCUACGUUAUAUAUCUAGACACGAUUCUCCAUCUCCAAGAUGGGUGGAUGUAGACAAACCAUUAAAGAAACAGCUCGAGAAAGAGGCAAAAAAUUUCAGUCUCUAUUUGAGAGUUAUGUACUAUGUAACAGAUGUGCAACUUAUUCAAGAUGAAAUGACAAGGUAUCAUUACUACCUUCAGUUGAAAAGUGAUGUACUGGAAGGUAGAUUUCAUUGCAAUUCUAGACAAGCUACCCUUUUAGCAAGUUAUUCGAUGCAAGCAGAAUUUGGUAAUUACGAUGCUGAAAGGCACACAAUGGAAUGCUUACAACAGUGUACACUAUUUCCUAAGGAUGUCAUUCAGGCAGAUCCCGGGGGUUUAGAUUCUCUUUUGCAUACUGCUGUAUGCCAAUAUAAGAAUCUAAUUGGUGUUACUCAAGCUGCAUCGGAGGAAUUAUAUAUUUCUAUUGUUAUGCAGUUAGAGGGUUAUGGGAAUGAAACAUUUUCUACUAAGGACAAUGGUAAUAAUGAGGUAAUACUUGGCAUUUCCAUCAAUGGGAUUAUGGUUGUUUAUCCAAGCACACAGACAACACAGUUUUGCAGAUGGAAAGACAUAAGUAAUGUCAUCAAUCACAAAAAGACGUUUAGAAUAGAAUGUCAAGCUGAGAGUGAAGAUGCAAAGCAAUUUAUUUUCAACGAAUCGCGUAAUGCGAAGUAUGUAUGGCGUCUGUGCAUAGCACAGCACACAUUUUACAUGCAACAUCAAGAAUUUCGUCCAUUGGAACGUUCGGCUAACGGAUAUUUCGAUAGCGACACAAACGACUCAGGAGAUCAUGCAGUGUCUGUAAACUUGGAUAACCGAAACGCGGAAGGACACACCCCAUGGACGAGUUACAAUGACCUUUCUACAUCGCCAUAUCCCCCUGUAGUGUCCGUGUCAUCUACAGACAUAAAUAACUUACGUGCCUUACUUCCAUCGUACAGACCCGCACCUGAUUAUGAAACUGCCGUUCAAAUGAAAUACAACAACGGGGGGAACCCUCCGCAGCCUUACUAUGCUAAUCAAUCGACAAUCGUUGGAGCAGAUAUUUCGUGCCUUCUCAGUAAUGUUGUUAAUCGAAGUAGAUAUUAAAUUUCUAAUAAAUUAUAAAUACUACUGGAAGA